CUCAUCCCUCCCCUCUCUCCCCCCCCCUUUUACAUCCUUGGAAGCCGCAAUUAAGCAGCUCCGCUAGGAUAAAACACUCCGGCAGCCAGCGGGCUGGGGCAUUGCGUCGAGAGAGAUGGCCAGGCUACGGACUCCUUCCUUCCUUCCCGGGGCUGUCACUGUCCUCCUGCUCUUCAGUCUCCCGGCUUCGUGGCAAGGAGGGGUCCCAGGUGCUGGCGUUGGAGUUCCCGGGCAAGGCUACUACCCAGGAGCUGCUGGCGUAGGAGGACUUGGUGGGGCAGGAUUUGGAGCAGGAGCAAAGCCCCCCAAACCAGGUGUCGGAGGGGUUGUCGGAGGCACUGGAGCACUAGGUGGUGGUGUCUAUCCAGGUGGCGCCUAUCCAGGAGGUGUCUAUCCAGGAGGUGUCUACCCAGGUGCCGGAAGCCCUGCAGCAGCAGCAGCAGCAGCUGCUUAUAAGGCAGCUGCCAAGGCUGGCGCUGGGGCUGGUGCAGGUACUGGUGUAGGCGUACCUGGAGCUGGCGUGGGUGUACCUGGAGCCGGUGUAGGCGUACCUGGAGGCGGCGUGGCUGUACCUGGAGGUGGCGUCUUGCAACCAGGAGCUGGCGGGGCUGGCGUUGGGGCCAAGCCUGGCAAAAUCCCUGGUGUGGGGAUCCCUGGCGUCUUCCCUGGAGGUGUGCUCCCUGGCACAGGGAUCCGUUAUCCUGGUGUAGGAGUCCUGCCUGGCGUUCCCACCGGAACUGGAGUGAAGCCAAAAGUUCCAGGGGCAGGAGGAGGAGCUGUCAACGGACUCUCUCCCUUCGGAGUCUUUGGAGGACAGCAGCCUGGGCUCCCACUGGGCUAUCCCAUCAAGGCACCCAAACUCCCUGGUAGCUAUUAUGGCCUCCCAUAUGGCGCUGGGAAGGGGCCUUAUGGAGGUGUUGGGCCGGGCGGCGUGUACGGUGGUGCCGGAGGGAAGGCCGGUUACCCAACAGGGACAGGUGUGGGAGCUCAGGUAGCCGCUGCAAAAGCAGCUGCCAAAUAUGGUGCUGGAGCUGUGCCCGGGGCAAUCGGAGUCCCUGGCGCUGGGGCCCUUGGAGGAGGCUUGGUGCCCGGUGCUGGUGUCCCAGGAGCAAUAGGUGCAGGUGGACCAGCGGCGGCAGCGGCGGCAGCAGCCAAAGCAGCAGCCAAAGCAGCAGCUUACGGUGGCCGAGUUCCAGGGACGGGCAUCGGUGGCGCUGGUGUCCCAGGGGUUGGGCCAGGUGGCGUAGUUCCUGGCGCCACACCUGGUGUUAUUGGAGUCGGCCCAGGAGGAACUGGGGUAGGAGGAGUGAGUCCCGCCGCAGCGGCAAAAGCAGCAAAGUAUGGUCUUAUUCCUGGUGCUGGCGUUGGUGGAGUUCCUGGUGCUGGUGUUGGUGGAGUUCCUGGUGCUGGUGUUGGUGGAGUUCCUGGCGCUGGAGUUGGUGGCGUUCCUGGUGCUGGUGUCGGUGGAGUUCCCGGUGCUGGAGUUGCUGUUCCAGGAGCUGGAGUGUCUGCAGCAGCGGCAGCAAAGGCAGCGGCAAAGGCAGCCGCCUACGGGGCUGGUGUGGUGCCUGGCUAUGGCGCCAUUGGUGGUGUGGCACCUGGUAGAGUCGUACCUGGUGGAGUCGCACCUGGUGGAGUUGUACCUGGUGGAGUCGCACCUGGUGGGUUAGUGCCAGGAAGCCCCGUGGCAGCUCAAGCAGCAGCAAAAGCAGCCGCCAAAGCAGCCAAAUAUGGAGCAGGAAGAGGCGUUGGCGGCAUUGGCGGUGUCGGCGGCGUUGUUGGCGGUGUCGGCGGCGUUGGUGGUGUCGGCGGCGUUGGUGGAGUCGGUGGCGUUGGCGGUGUUGGCGUUGGUGGCGUUCCUGGGGAGCAGCGGCAGCUAAAGCAGCAGCAAAGGCAGCUAAAUACGGUCGUGGGGCAGGUGUCUUUCCUGGCGGUGGAACGGGUGUCUUGCCAGGGGGCGGAACAGGCGUCUUGCCAGGGGGAGGCGUUGUGCCAGGUGUUCCUGGAGCAGGAAUCCCCCAAACUGGACUGCAACCAGGGGCCAAGCCACCUAAAUAUGGUGUUCCAGGAGCUGGGCUGGGUGGCUUUGGCGUACCAGGCUACGGUGGACGAGGAGGAUAUGGGGUCCCCGGCGCAGGGGGAGCGGGCCUUGGUGGAGCUGGAGCUGGAGGGCUGACGUACCCAGGAGCCGGUGGCAAACCUCCCAAACCAGGUUAUGGUGCUGGCAUUCCACAAGUUGCGGGCGGAGCUGGCUAUGGUUAUGGUUUGUCUCCUAUUUAC